ACAAACUUUUCUGGUCUGCACUCCACUCGUCGCAACGAAAAAAGAAAAGGAAAAUAAAUAGUUUGACCCAACGCUUCUUCUCCAAUCUAUUCACAGCUUCCCGCUUCCUUACCUGCCGCUAAGGCGCUGACUCCGCAGCGUAAUCUUUCUUCUUUCUCCGGUAACGCAUAGGCGGGCGGCAGGGUAUUUCUCUGCGAACUUGUUAGACCUGUAUUCUGGCAACAUAUUUCCAAUCAGAACCAACGUUAUAUCGACGAAGCAUGACGGACGAACGAAGGAAUAGGGUUUCCUCCGCUGAUUCGCUUCGCAGUGCUACCGAAUACUCUCAGUCGAGGCAAAGGAAAAGGAGAAAGUGGGAUGAACCAGCAGAGUCGCUAGCGGUUUCAGUUGGAGUUGCAGUUCCUGGUUGUAUCCCUUUAUACAGUGGUGUUGCAUCAGCCUCCAGCGCUCUUCUCACAAAUCCGCCGCUUGUUGCUAGUUAUGCUAUCGUUUCACCGGCUUUGCAAGUAGCUUCAGUGCCACAAAGCAGUAGAGUCCCUGCAAAACUUUACCAAGCUAAGAUCCAAGAUGAGUUGAUAAUUGCACGAGAAAUUGUGAUAAAUGAUGCAGAGGCCUUAGUCCGAUACAAGCUUACAAAGCGACAGACACAAGAUGAGAUUCAGAAGAGCACUGGUGCUGUAGUGAUAACUAGAGGCAAGUAUCGUCCUCCUAAUACACCAACUGAUGGUGAAAAGCCAUUGUACCUUCACAUAUCUUCAGGGGCACAGUUGAAAGAUACCACAGAGCGAAUUUUGGCGGUUGACCGAGCUGCUGCUAUGGUUGAAGAAAUGUUGAAACAGGGCCAGAAUGUGCAGUCUUCUAUCCCUAUUUUCUCAAAGGCUGCAAGCAAUGGAGUUAUGGCAUUGAGCACAUGUGUGUAUUUGGGCUUUGAAGCAGAUCCAUCCAAUAACAUUGCUGCAAGAAUUCGUGGUCCAAAUGUGAGUUAUUAUUUUAAUUUGUACUUUUCCUGAAAUGAUCACCCAGAUACUUCACAGAAAUUUGCAUAUGUUUGGCUUAGGGUUCUUUGUUCUGUUCUGUUGCACCAUUUGUAGCAGUUGUUUGUAUAUUGGUUAUAAUAUAAGCGGUUGAUUUUCCAAAACAGCAUCGGGUUUUAGCAAUUUUCCUCAGUUCCUUUUCUGAAUUUUCCUGUGCACUUAUGAGAAGAGGGAUCUAAUGUUUGAGCUUUCUCUCACAUCUCCAAACUAUUGGGAGAGACUCUUUUCUUCUGCUUGUGUUGGUUUGGUUUUGCAAUGCAGGAUCAGUACAUAAAUCACAUUAUGAAUGAAACAGGAGCAAGUGUUGUACUAAGAGGGCGAGGUUCUGAAAAUCAUUGCAAUCUAAACGAGUCCCAGCAACCUCUUCAUUUGUUCUUGUCCUCAACUAACUCGAGAAGUCUUGAACAUGCACAAAGUUUGGCUGAAAAUCUUCUGCAGACAAUUCGUUUAGAGUGUGGUGUGUCUAGGGUUGGAUUGGCGAAGGGUUACAAUGCCGUCCCACCACCACAGCAGUUACUGACUGGAGUCGAGUCUUCUGGAAAUUUGUCUAGUGUAAAUACUUGUUCAGUUGCUGAUAUAGCCUCACCGACAAUGACCUCCAUUCCGUCUAUAGAAGCUUCCUCAAGUACAGUUCCCAAUUUGGGUGCUUUAGGUUCUCAAGGGGUCUUAUCAUCUGCUGGGGGAAUGGUGGGUUUUGGUCUACAUCAGCUGAGCUCGGUUGCUUAUCCUCAGCAUUUGACAAAAGGAGGAACAAGCUAUAGUGGGUAUGGUGGUAUAUAUCCACAGGCCACACCUUUGCAACAAGUUGCUCUUGUCCUGAGACAUACACCUUCCAUCAACUCCACAGUUACUCCUGUAAUAUCAGUUGGAAGUGCAACACCUCUAGAAAAUACAAACACUUAUAAAAGUACAUCCUGCCAUUCCGAGAAGGAGACGGCAAUGCAGAAAAGGAAGUUUCAGGAGUUACCCAUCAGGUCAAAGGCCCCUGCAAAACAAUUCCAGGUAUCUAUGCAAGUCUUACUCAUGAGUUUUGCAUGCAUUGAGGGGUAUGAGGAAAAAUGAUUACAUUGGUGGAGUGAGAACUUGCAAUUUAAGUUUCCGAAUCUCUUCAGUGAGCUUUUCAUACUGAUGAUAAAACUGGAGAUAAACUAUCAUAACCUUAUUAUGUAACACCUUCGUUGGAUCAUCUGGUUCUUCUUUUGUAAGUUGGUUGGCCAUUUACUAGCCUAUCUUAACCUUUGAAGGGAUAAGUAUUCCUUAUCUAGGCUUGCUUAGGAUAUGGUUUACCAGAAGUUCCGUAACUGUGAGCUCAACCUGGACUGACAUUUUCUUCUCCAAAUAGUCUGUGAAUUCGAAAGAGAAUAUUAGACAAUAAAAUUAUCAAAAUAAUGAACUAUAUAUUGCCAAAAAGAAGACUUGAGAACUUAUGAUAUGUUGAGAGUGAGAAUGAGAGCGCUUGGUGUAGCAAAUUGGAAUAAAUGUCCUAAAAUGAGAAAAAUUAUGCAUGUACUCUACUUGUUCAGUGAUAUAACAGACUCUUGUUGCUUGCACCUUAGAAGUGAAACAUUGUCAUUUGUGUAUUGCAGCUAUUUUUAUCAGUUGUAAUACCCACGCAACAGCAUGAAACUCAUUUAUCAAAGCUGUGAUAGCUGAACUGUCUAAUCAUAAAUCUGAUCCAGUCUACUUCUCCAAGUUUUAACUUGAAUUUGAAGAAAAAAUCUUCAUGGUGAAGCAUACCACACGGAUGUAAAAAUGUAAAUAUUAACUUCGCAUCAACCGUACAUGUGAGAGGUACCAGCCAGACUGUGUGCCUUGAAUUACCUGCCGUAACGGUUGUGAGGACAAUCAUGUUGCCUGCCUGGGUUUUACCUUAGCUUCAGCAGAGCUUACCUCGCUAGGGAAAAUGAAAAUUCAUACCAAACAUCAUCAGUUUACCUUUAGCUAAUACAAGUGUACUUAGUUCAUAUCUGCUAGUUUAUGAUCUACACUCAAUUUUUUAACUAGUAAUACACAAGUUGUGGAUGCCCAUUACGAGAUUGUUAUGUGUUGUUGAAGUUCAAUAGAAACCCUGCAUGACUGCAUCCUUAGAAACCAUUUAUUGAGUACAACGUCUGUUUCUACAACUCUUCUAUCUUGUUUUAGCUAUCUGACUUAAGUGAAUCUUCGUAGUACAUCUUUUCUCGGAUUGACUUAUUUUAUUAAUAUCCAUCUAGCUUCUUACAUCUGGAUGUACAUAUGUAAGACGAUAUAAUAGUUCAUAUUGAAAGGGCAUUUGGUCAUCUUCAGAAAAAAAGAAGCAAAAAGAGUGCACGUGGUCAGAAAGAUAGGAUUUCUUAUUAAAGGUGCUGGGACACAGAGAAAUAUGUAACUCUAUCUUCAUAUUUUAGUGACUGGACAUCAAGUUUUAUAUAGCUCUUGAAUUAUUCUGCUUUGAUCAUGAUUCCUCUUUGUGCAACUCACUCUUUAAAGGAUAUAACUUUGAACUUCAAUUCCCUUAUGAUUUGUGUUUCCUUUUACCGUCUGUUGGUUUUGUAUAUGAUCUGACUUUUUUGCUUAUGAUUCCAGGUAAUUUCUCUGACCUUCUAAGACGCUAACAGGCUGAUACCAGACCUCUCUGUUAGGGCCAUUGGUUUGUAUGUUUCACAGGGUUCAGUUUUGAAGGCACUUUGUGAUGGAAUGAGACUCAGCUGGUGGGGACUGCUUCUCGGUUAUACGUUCUACUUGAGUUGACGAAACCAUAUAACCUACUGGUACUGUUGAGUAUCAGUAAAAUAAAAGAUGCAUUCUGGCUGGGUUGAAAUAUUCUAGAAGUCGGAUUUAUUAGGAAUGAAAGUUGGCAUAUGAUUGUUAAUGGCGGAAUAUGCUGACCUGAGAGCAACCUAAGUUGAACAUAUGUUUUAGUGGCACUGGAAGAUAUUUGGUGGAUGACUCAGUUCUGUUGGCUGUGAAUAAAUAAUCUCUCUAGAUUCAUCCUUCUGAAACAAAUGAGCGUGAGUAGGAAAAUUCACGUGUGUGGCUGACUGCAGUCAGAAGCUCAGAGAAAUUUGUGCCAAUAGUGGAAAUGCAUAACAAUGGUUUUAGGAUACAGUUGGUGUUGCCGUCCAAUCUAAUUCCGACGCCUAGAAAAUGAGAUAGAUAGAUGAUGUCCAAAGACUACAUUUCCCCCAUAUCCUGUUUGUUUGUUUGUUCACUGCUGUUACUGAAUUAGUUAUGAACUCAUCACUCUAUAGUGUCAUUAAGAGAUUAUGCUUGUAUUUUCCUGUCUAUUCAAACUCAUCUCAGGUUUCAAAGUUGGACAAGCUUAGUGAACUACCAUCCACUCGCUUGAGAGUAAAGCCACCUUCGAAGGCAUGUGUCUCUCAGACUUCAAAUGGAAUGUCGUCACCACGUCCACGAGGAAUGCCCCCUCCAUCCAUGGCAAACUCCAUGGCUCCACCUGCUGCCCCAAGAUUAAUCCCACCUUCCCCUAGUGCACAAUACAUGGCUCCAUCAGAAAUUAUCACGAGUGGGGCUCAGAAAAGAGAUGCCAAGAUCAGUGUUCGGGAUGAAACACAAUUAGAUAAAGUACCAGAGACUUUGAUCAAGCUAAUGGAAUAUGGGGAUGACGACGAUGACGAUGAGCAAACCGGCCAGUUACUUGGAAAUGGCAGCAACUCCAGUUCGACAGCAGUUGGAAAACCAUUUUGGGCUGCCUGAAUGGCAUUCUGUCAGUAAUUGCUGAGACUGAAUGAACUAUCGCCCUUGUACGAAUUCAGCUACACACUGGGGUUUCUGAUCACUAGAUAAUAAUAUCUAUUGUAGCUUCUCAACCUUGAUGUUUGGAGUCAUCAAAUCCUUCAUCUGUACCGUGAAGUUUGGAGUCGGUAAAGAGUUUUGCGGCUUUGCUGUUUCAAAAUAUAUCUAGAGCUCUCCUCUUUCUCCUUUCUUUUGCCUUUAUUUCUGUUUUCUUUCUCCCUUUGGUACCUGUCCCCCUCUUCCUCUUUCCAUGGAGGUGUGCAGUUAUAAUUUCCAUGAUUUGAUGCGGCACGGGAUAGUUUGAAAACUUUAGUUCGAAAUCAUAGACCCCAAACUGUCUCACACCGUCGUCGAAAGAG